AGGAGGAGGAGGACGACGGGGAGGACGCGGCGGCCGUGUGCGGCAGCGCCCCGAGAGCCGCCGCCAUGAGCAGCGCGGAGCCGCCGCCGCUCGGUGCCGGGCCGCGGGCGCAGCCCGCCUGGAAGAGGGAGAUCCUGGAGCGGAAGCGGGCCAAGCUGGCCGGAGCGGCCGCAGGAGAGACGGAGUCCGCGGCGGCGGCGGUUCGGGGCCCGGCGGGGACGGGCGAGCGGCUGGUGGUGGCCGAGAGCUUGGGCCCGCUCCGAGAGAACCCCUUCAUGCGGCUGGAGAGCGAGCGGCGGCGGCUGCGGCGGGGGCUGCCCGGGCACGGCCCCGAGGCGGCGCGGCCGCUGCAGCAGCUGCUGGAGCUGUACAGCGCCGUGCCGGGCAUCCGCACCAUCCGCGCCGACAACAUCCUCAUCAUCGAGUCGCAGCCCGACGCCGCCGCCUGCUUCGCCGACGGGGAAGCGCCGUCCGGGCGCCGCCGCGAUCCCCCCGCCGCGUCCCCUCCGCGCCGUCCCGACCCGCUGCGGGAGCUGCUGGCCCGCCGGGGAGCGGCCGUCGCCGAGAUCCGCGCCGACCAGGUCCUCAUCUACGAGGCGGCCGAAGCGCAGGAGCCUCUCGAGGCCGCCGAGCCGGGCACCGUCAGCCGCCUCCUGGAGAAGUUCGGCCAGCGACCGCGGGGCCGCCGUCGCCGGGGCGGGGAAGCGCCGGCCGGGGCCGCUCCCCCUCCGGCGGCUCCGGGCUCCCCGCGCUCCUCGGCUCCCCCCAAAGCGGCGCCGACCUCCCCCCGCCCCUCGGUCCGGAAGGCCGCCCCGACCUCCCCCCGCGCCGCUUCUCCCCGCGCUGCAGCCCCCCGACCGCUGCCGCCCCCCCUCCCCCGGCCGGCUGCCCCCCAGCCCGCGGGUCCCCAGGCGGUCCCGGUGUCCCCCAGGGCUGCGACCCCACCGGCAGUCCCCGUCUCUCCCCCCGCCCCCAUGGCUGCGCCCAAAGCCGCAGUUCCCCAGGCCAACUGCUUCCUCCACAAGAUCGGCUCCAACUCCUUCACUGUGACCCCCCGGGGCCUGCCCCCCCCCAGCCGUGUCCCCCAGUCUCCCCCCAGCCGCGUCCCCCAGUCUCCUCCCAGCCACAUCCCCCAGUCUCCCCCCAGCCACAUCCCCCAGUCUCCCCCCAGCCGCGUCCCCCAGUCUCCCCCCAGCCGUGUCCCCCAGCCCACCACCCGGAGCGUGCCGCCCAAAGGGCCGCCAGUGCCAUCCACCAGCGCUGCCAAUGCCAGGAGGCCAAAGCCGGAGGAGGUUGAAUUGGCCGCAUCACCCCCGCCCAGUGCCAGUCUGGCCCCCGGUGCCACCCAGCCUCUCUCUGCAUUCGCCCCUCGGGCCGGGGGCUCCUUUGAGAUCCACCCGGCCCCCAGGCCCGACCUGGCUGCCAUCCCUGCUCACGACCUGCAGGCGCAGGCCUUGGCCAAGCUGCGCCUGAAUUCACGCAACUCCUUCCUCUUUGUGCCCCGCCGGGAGGGUGGCACAGCUCUGCCUGCUGCCCAGAGCCAUGCAACGGGACCAUCACCACCACCAUCCCCGCAGCAGAAAGUACAGAAGGAGCCCCCACAGGUUUCCGCUCCGGAGCAGGAAGAGCCGAUCGCUUCCCCGCCGGCGCCUCUGGAUCCGUCGGUACCUGUGACUUACAUUGAUGACAUUGUGGAGCCGGACAGUGGGGAGCUCUCCCCGAGGGCUGUGAGGACAGAGAACUUGGAUCAGCCCAGAGGAAGCGGCCCCGAGCUGGAGAUGGAGAUUUCCUCUGUGCCCCUCUACAGACCGCACUCCCCCGGGCUCCAUCAGACGGGAGGUAACACCUUCACUGUGGUGCCCAAAAGGAAGCCCAGUGCCUCGGGGCCGCAGGGUCUUACUGAGGCUGGUGGGAGGCCUCAGCAGGAGGAAGAGGAGGAGGAGGAGGAAAGCAAAGGAAGAAGCAAAGCUGUAGAGAACGCUGAUGGGCCCCAGGUGGGGACGUCCCAUAAAAAGCGCUACCCCACGGUGAACGAGAUCGAAGUGAUCGGCGGGUAUCUGUCCCUGGAGAGGUCCUGCAUGAGCAAGACGGGCUCCCGCCGCAAGAAGAUGAAGAUCUCUUUCAAUGAGACGAGUUUGCAGACCAUGUUUGAGUAUCCAUCCGAGAACUCACUGGUGGAAGAGGAGGAGGAGGAGGAGGAAGGACACACUUCUGAAACAGAGGAGGACAAAUCUCACACCUUUCACAUUCCACGCCCCAACAGCACUUUGCAUCCCAAUGCAGCUAACGCAGCAGAUCUAUCCAGCUACACCCCAAAGCACUCUGUGAAGUUCAGCAAGUGGCAAGAGCAGAAGUAUGAGGAGAUGCCUGCUAAGGGACCCCUCCUGAAGGAAGCUGAUUCCCAUGGGAACCAAGUUAUGCUCACCCCAGCUGAGAAGGGCGGACUCUCUGACUUCAGCAGCGAGCCUGCGCUGUACUUCUGAUUGCUCCAUCUGUGAGCCUGCAGCAGCAGCUGCUGGGCUGAGCCUGGCAGUGCACCGUGGAAACCAACGCCUGGGUCCCUCCCUCAUCGCAGUCUUCACAGUGUCCUGAUGCCAAGGGUGGACUUGAUGCCAUUGGGCAUCGUUGGAGAAUAUUUGCACUGGGUUCUGGGUCCUACACGACUGGUUUUUUAAUGCGUAUGGUUUAUUCUCCUUGUGGCCUUGCAUAUUCCUUGUUCAAGAUCAGCUGUCCAUUAGGCAGGUAUCUUAAAGCAGUGUGUAACCCCAGGAUGGACGUAGAUUCUCUCAGUGCUUGUGACUGUGCUCAUCCAAGUGCUGAAUGAGGCCUGGACAGCAUUUUUGUAACACUUCUCUCAUGAGAGGCCCCAGUGAAGAAAGCUGUGGCAGGUGGCUGGACUCACUGCACUGGUUCUGACAGCCAGGUUACAGGGGCUGGAAGAACUGCUAAAGGUUCAUGGGUUGUUCUCAGUGUGUUUUUGGGUCUAGUUUCACCAAACUGUCAUGGAAUUUAUGUGCCAGUUAAGCACUUGUGAAGGAAGCUGAAUGCACUGUGUGGGUGAUGGGGAGGGGAAUAAAUGCCUUCAGCAUUAGGUGUCACUUUUGCACUGGCAGCAGGAAGCACCCGGUCCAGUUUGAGCCUUGUGAAGGUUCCCAAACAUUGGCCAUAGCUUUGAUCUCUCUGUAACUGCCUCUGCUCUCCAGUCUCUACUGCUAAUUGUGCUUGUUUGCCAGUUGCUCUUGUUUUGUUUUGGUAUCUAAUGGGGCCAGGCCUUAGAUUUGUGUCUUAGGUGGUGGGGAGACUUGCUUCUUGCCUUGCUCACUCUAUUUCUCUAUGCAAAGCACACGAGGGCCAUUUCACUCCUUCCUUCUACAGAACUUGAACAAGGAAUAUGAUUUUUUUUUUCUAGUAUUUUUAUAGUUCUGUUGUAAUUGUUUGAUGCAGCCAAUAUGCAAAGGAAUCUGCUAGACUCUUCCAUUUAAAUUUUCUACAACUGUACACUCAGGGUCAAAAUUACACUCUGGAAAAGACUGAACACUGCUGCUAAUGUGAUUUGUAUUUCUGGGAUUAAAAGAGAUGCAGUUGGAAUAGACACAGCCUCUUUGGGCUUUAUGAAAAGGGCAGUGCCCCACACGUGGCUCCAUCUGAAGGACCAGGCUGCCAUCUUUUGGUGAUGUUUGGCUUUUGUUGGUUUGUGUGUUAUGUACAGACAAUGUCUAGCCGAGCUGACACUGAUCUACGAUCUGAAAAUGUUCUUUAUACUUUUUAACAUCUUGUACUGUGGAAAGCUCGGGCCGUGAGCUGAGCUGCAGAGUAACAAAUGUGUAAGGGGUGAAGCCAGAGCUGCCUGUCCUGGCUUCGUUCUGCUGUGGGUCAAUGAGGGAUGCUGAAUAUCCUGCAGCCUGCUCUGCUGCCUUCAGCCAACUGAAGUGCUGCUGUGGGUGCUGAUCCC